AUGAAAUAUAAAAUAUAUGCUGGAGUAGCUGCUGUUGUACCAUUUGCUGAUUUAAUACCAAGAUAUUUAGGACGUGAAGAAAUUCGUCAAGUAUUUGGCAUUAAUAAUCGUUCACGUUUCAUGGCUUGGUGGACUGGUAAGAAAGAUGAACUAAAAGAAUAUCUCGAGAACUUUGACAUUGAAAUUGAUAAAGAUAGUUUGAAAACAUCAGCAUUCAAAAGUACAUUUAAAUUACGAGCUCCUGCAAUUGCAUCGAACGUCAAUGCUGGAACAUCAGUUCUCCUUAGACCUGCAGCAACUGUUGGUAUCGCUGGUGUUUCCAUGUCUGAUGAUAUUCUUAGAGGCGUUAGCGGGGGAGUCACAAAUACUGUUCGUGGCUUAUCUAUUCCUUUGAUUGCUGCCGGCGUAGUUCUUACAGCAGCUAUGUGUGCCUGUUCAGCUGUAUCUAAUGGAAAACAAAUGUAUAAUUAUUUAAAUCGACUAUGUGAUGAUAUUAUACUUAUUAGUGAACCUAUAGCAAUGAAAAUUAUGGACGAUAACAAUGACACAUGUGAAAUUUUUCUAAUUAGAAAUGAAUAA